GUGGAAGAAAUUCAUCAACACUGGGAGUGGUUAGAACAGAAUCUUCUGCACACUCUUUCAGUAUUUGACAAUAAAGACGAUGUUAUUAGUUUUGUCCAUGGUAAAGUGAAGGGUCUUAUUGCUGAAGAAACCAGGAGCAAAUUGGCAGAACAGGAAGAAGAUCCUGAGAAGUUUCGGGAGGCUUUGGUGAAGUUUGAGACCCGAUUUAAUUUCCCAGACUUGGAAAAACUGGUGACAUAUUAUUCAUGUUGCUGCUGGAAGGGGCGGGUUCCCCGUCAGGGCUGGAUUUACCUGAGCAUCAAUCAUCUCUGUUUUUAUUCUUUCCUGUUGGGUAAGGAAGUGAAACUGAUUAUCCCCUGGGCUGAUGUGAAAAGACUAGAAAGAACUUCAAAUACCCUUAUCACAGGAAUAGUUCGAGUAACCACACAAAGUAAAGAACGUGAUUUCUCUAUGUUUCUCAACAUUGAUGAAACAUUCAGGCUUAUGGAACUAUUGGCAGAUGUCACCAUUCGAAGGUUGCUGGACAAUGAAGCAUUUGAAUUGGAUCCUCCUUUACAAGAACCUACACAAAUUACAAAGAAAGAUCUUGAAACUAGGAUGCAAAAUGAGUAUUUCCGGGCAUGUUUUAGACUUUCGCAGGCAGAGAAGCUGAUCAAGAUAGUGCACUGUUUCCUGUGGACGCCGUAUAACCAAUGUCACACUGCAGGGAAGUUGUAUAUUUCAGAAAACUACAUAUGUUAUGCCAGCAAAGAAGAAAAUGACUGUUAUGUGGUCAUUCCACUCCAAGAGGUGGUGACAGUGGAGAAGAUGGAGGACACUAGUCUCCUGCCCAAACCAAUUAUUGUCAGCAUUAAGAGUAAGAGGGUAUUUCAAUUUACAGAAAUUGAAAAUAGGGAACACCUUGUGGAGCAACUAAACAAACGUCUUCAAUUUCUAAAAGGAGGAAAGCCUGGUUGCAUUCAUAAGCCUAGAGUUGAAGAAAAGGUAUCCUCAGAAUCUACAUGUUGUCCUGAAAAAAUCUGUACCACUAAUAAAGCACUAGAUUCACUUGUGAACACUCCAAGUAUCAAAAAAGAGCCUAGACAUUCGUUAAACUCAGAGGCUUUAAUGGCACACUUCCACCUGAUUGAAACUGAAGGUGGAAAAUCUAAAAUGGAAAUGGAGAAAGCAAAAAAUCAAUUAUGGUAUGACCAUUUUGUGGAAUAUGGACACACAGUCAGUAUGUUUCGGACAGAGAAAAUAAGAAAGCUGGUUGCAAUGGGAGUUCCACAGUGUCUUCGAGGACAGCUAUGGCUUCAAUUUUCAGAUGCUGUGACUGAUUUAGUUUCACAUCCUGAUUACUAUGCGAAUCUGGUGGAUGAAUCUAUGGGCAAAUGUUGCAUGGCAACGGAAGAAAUUGAACGUGAUCUGCAUCGUUCUCUCCCUGACCAUCCAGCUUUUCAGAGUGACACAGGCAUUGCAGCACUAAGGAGAGUACUGACAGCAUAUGCAUACAGAAAUCCCAAGAUAGGCUAUUGCCAGUCUAUGAAUAUUCUGACUUCUGUAUUAUUACUAUAUGCAAAAGAGGAAGAAGCCUUUUGGUUACUUGUUGCUGUCUGUGAGAAAAUGCUCCCAGAUUACUUCAACCGUCGAGUUAUUGGUGCUCAGGUAGAUCAAGCUGUAUUUGAAGAACUUAUAAAAGAACAUUUACCAGAGCUGGCUGAACAUGUGACAGACUUGUCUUGUUUAGCGUCCAUUUCCCUCUCCUGGUUCCUGACCCUUUUCCUUAGUAUUAUACCCCUUGAGAGUGCACUAAAUGUUGUUGACUGUUUCUUUUAUGAUGGAAUAAAGGUGAUUUUCCAAGUGGGCUUGGCUAUACUAGAUGCCAAUACACAAGAGUUGUGUAGCUGCACAGACGAUGGACAAGUCUUGAUAAUCCUUAGCAGGUUUCUUGAUCAUAUCACAAACAAAGAGAGUCCAUUGCCCCAAAUUUCUCAGCAACAUGUCCUUAGUGAUGAUAAAGAUCCUGUACAGCAAGUGGAAAUAUCUGAUCUAAUAAGAGACUCCUAUGAGAAAUUUGGAGAGCUUCACGUAGGACAAAUCGAGCAAAUGCGCUGCAGACACCGAAUACGAGUGCUACAGAACUUAGAAGAUACCACUAAACAAAAUGUGCUCCGAGUUGUGGCACCAGAAGUUUCAUUUAGUACUGAAGGGCUUGGAGACCUCUAUGACCUUUUCAAGAGAGAAUAUCUUUUAGCUUGUUACUGGGGUGGAAAUGACUCAGCAGCGUUGCAUCAUGAUCCCAGCCUCCCAUAUCUGGAACAAUACAAAAUAAAUAGUUUCCAGUUCAGCAACCUCUUCUGUCUUCUAAGCCCCUGGACGUGGGGUACCCAUACAGAUCUUUUAGCCCAGAGGACGUUCCGCAUACUAGAUGAAAAUGAAGAUUCUCUAAUCGAUUUUAAAGAAUUGGUCAGUUGUUUAGAAAUAAUGUACAAUGGAGACAUCAGUGAAAAACUCAGAUUGUUAUACAGGCUGCACAUUCCACCAGGUAAAGUAAUCCUUAAGGAAAAGUUAGUAAAAGAAGCAUACUGCUGAAGUUGUUAAAUGCACAUCAGCGCAGUUCAUGAAUUCCCAGUUUGAUUUCAAAUUUUACACCUGAUUUUUGUACAGUAUUCAUGAUGUUAAUAGACCUCUGCUUUCAUCUUAUUUGUAUUUGCUAUGUUUUUAGUUUAUGAAUGUAGGUGUGAACUUGACAUCUAAAACUUUGCUUACCUUAUCCUGUACUGUUCCACUUACCAAUCACCCUUGGCAUUGAUUCAUUAAUUUGUGGGAAGUUGACAUUGUUGGAUAAAUUAGAAUUUGUUGUUCAAUCCUCAUUACCCUGGGGAAGCUGGUGAAUUUCUUUUUCUCAUCCUUCUGUCUUUUGGAUGAGAUGUUAAUCUUGUCUGUCCUGAAGUGGGUGUGAAACAUCCAAUAGUGCUAUUUUGAAGAAUAUAGGGGUUAUUACUGAUUUCCUAGUCAACAUUUAUCCCUCAGUCCUCCUCAAAAAUACCAUAUUGGUUCAUUUCAGAUAGCUGUUGAUCAUGAAAGGCAACACAUAAAAGCAAAAUUUUACUUUCUUCCCCAUUCUUGAAUUACUGCAGUCUGUGUAGUAAAGAUGCUCUUACAUGCUUUUAAGUUUGGAAUUGCAGGAUUUUGACCCAGUGACAUUAGACCAACUACAAUCUAAUCUGAAGUCAAGAUGGUGUGUGAUUUAGAAGAAACUUGUAGCUGGAAAUAUAGCUAAGAGUUUGCCAUCGAAGAAACUUUGGCAUUUUGUAGAUGGCAUACACUGCACCCUGCUGGUGAAGAGUGAAUAUGCAGGUGUGAAAGGUAAUGGAUGUGAUGCUAAUCAAGGGGGGCUACUCUGGUUAGACCACACUUGGAAUAUUGUGUUCAGUUCUGGUCACCUAAUUAUAGGAAAGAUGUGGAAGCUUUAG